AUGUGGGGACAGAUCAUGGAUGAAGCCGUUACGACUAUACCUGACAGCUUCCAAUCGCUUCACUUCUUCUUCACAAGCUGCAAGUGGAUCCUCCGAAUUCUUCAAGCGAUAUUAGAACACUCUUCAAACGCAUUCGAGCUCCGUACUCCUGCAACCUUCCGUCACACACCACCGCAGAGUCCAGCUCUUGAGACCUACUACCGCAACAAUCAAGCAAUACCACCACCACACGACAACAACAUCGGCACCGAGACUAUGCAUUGCGCCCUGGGUGAUGACUACUUCGAGACUGAAGAGAUUGCGGACAUGACGAGCGACGACUUCUUCACCGAUGGAGACUACAAAUAA